AUGGGCUAUCCUAAGGGCACUGGUCCGGAAUUCCAGGUGGUGUAUGCUGACGAGAAAGUAGGAAAUCUUCGAGAUCUCUUGGGCUCGAGGACAAACUACGAUUUGUGGCAUGUUGACCAGACCUUUACCCCCAACACACCUGGCAUUACCUUCUUUUGGGUUCUCGAGGUGCCCGCAUCGGGAGGAGGAGAUACAGCCUUUACCUCGCUGACUGCGGCUUAUAACGCACUCUCACCAGCAUUUCGCGAAGGCCUCCACCAUCUGAAGCUCCUGCAUACCAGUGCCAGCGUUGGCGAGAUUGCCCGAGUAGGUCAAGAAAGGGCGCUCAAGGAGGCCGUCAAAACGGAGCACCCGCUAGUUAUAUCACACCCAGUGACAAAAAAGCCUGUGUUGUUUGUCAACCCGACGAUCGCCCGCCAGGUUGUCGGAUAUAAGCCGAGCGAGUCAGAGAUGCUGCUGGGUUUCCUUCACGAUCAUAUUAGAUCAUUGGACUUUUCGUGCAGAGUAUCUUGGGAGAAAGGGACCGUUGUUGUUUGGGAUCAGAGGACAACUGCUCAUUCAGCAGUUCCAGACUUCAAAGACGGAGAGCGCCGUCAUAUGGUCCGUAUUAUCUCGUAUGGAGGCCAACCCCAGCCUUUGUAG